CCUAGUGGCAACACUGUGCAUUAAACAGCUGUUCGUCGAUUUUCAGCACGUACGAAUUGUUUAUAAUACUUGAGUCAACUAAUUACUACAAAUACAGAACACAGCAAUACUUGAAAUAUGUUGCGCAAUCUGGCGCGCAGCUUGGAAUGUGGUCUAAAACUGCAGCUACAUACGGCAACACCUCUACUCGCAAAAACAACGCCAAAUGCACGUAGGCCGCUGUUUACACAAUACGAAUACGAUGGCCACACGAGAUCGAAGACGAAACCGGAUCUUGCAACUACGGCCAGGAUUAGCAACCAUGCGAUGCUAGGCACUACCAGCGAGGCUGACAAUGAAUAUGUGCCGUAUCGUACGGAGCUCGAAACUGGCAGCCCCAUUGCCGUAUUAAUUUCAGCGCUACGCGAACGUUUCCGGCUAACAGAUGACGAAGUGCAGCGCAUUGUGAACGAUGAGCAAGUGCAUCGCAGCUAUCGUAAUCGCAGUUUAAUACAUACGCUGGACACGCUUCAAUUGGAGGGCGUAAACAAGCAGAGCUUUUUGGAAUAUCCCUGGCUGCUGGCUUUGGAUCAGAAGCGGCUGGAGCUCAAACUGAGUCUAAUCAAGACAAUGCAUAUGCGUGAUAUCAACCACUUUGUGCCCUUUCUGCGAUUAACGGUGCCACGCCUCCGCAAGCUGGUGAGCGCCCUAAAUGCGGAAACAAGCGAAAUUGCACAAAAGAAUCGCGUCUACUACAUCAGCGAGACGCUGGAAGUUAAACCGGAGAUUGUAACCAAAUAUCUGUCGAAACGACUGUUCAUACUGGAAAUGCCGUAUGAAAUGUUCGAGAAGAACUUACAGCACAUGAUUCAUUACAAUGUGUCGCCCAUCAACAUACUGAAAGAUCUAUGGGCCUUUCGCUAUACACCCAAAUCGGUGGAGCUGCGCUUAGAGCGAGCCCAGCGGGCCAAGAAGGAUAAAAUAAUGCCUUGGAUGGUGCGUUGUCCGGAACCAAUCCUACAGCGUUCUUUGAAGCUUUCCCUGGACGAGUUGCAAGUGUUGGGCGAGUUCUCUUCAGUUGUAGAAUAUGUGGCGCAUCGCUUGGGUUUUAGUGUUACUGAAGCCAAGGCCAUUAUGGACAGGCAUCCGCAAGUGCAUACAGUACGCGUGACAAAGAUCAAGGAAGUGUUGGACUAUUUGCUUAAUGAGGCCAAAUUCACGCGCUUUGAAAUUGCUCAGGUGCCGCGCAUUUUAUGCCAUAGCCUAAAGACCACACAGCAGCGCAUGGAGGAGCUGGCUUCACUUGGUUGUAGACCCUCGUCACUGGUCAUCCUAUGUCGCAGCUUGCGGGAGUAUGAAAAGUUUCUGCAACAAUGGAGCCAUUCCCGUGAAGCACCACUGCCGGCAUCAGAUAAACAGCAGUUGAGCAGCUAGAAGCACUGCUAGAUCAGGAUAUAAUAUAGCGACUGAUUUAUAGAUAUAUAUUUAUUUUUUGUUUUCAUUUUCUAUAUUUUGUUGAUAAAAGAAGAAAUGUUUUGG